UGAUAAUUCAAACACAUUUUAAGAGACAAAAUUGCAAGUUUGGUCCCUGUGGUAUGUCAAAAAUUGGAUGUUUGGUUCAAAAAGUUUUGUGGUUGCACCGGUGGUCCAAAAGCUUUGAUUCGUUGUGGAAUUGGUCCAAAGGCUUAACAGCUGUUUAUGCCCUCCGUCUGUGUGAGGGUAUUUUUGUCAAUUCACGCCCAUUCUUUUAAUAUCUUAUUAAAUUAAACCUCAUCAUCCUAAUUAAUUGAUACCUACAACCAAAUCCUCUGUGCAUUUCAUCGAUUGACUCUCCUGUCACUUUCAUCUUCGUUCGUUACCUAGAAGCCCUAAUCUCCAAGUUGAGUUUUUUUUUAUUGUGAUCGCUGUUAUUUCAGUGUAUGAACUUACUAAUGUGGAAUAUAUUGCUCUUAGACAAACUGUUCAACGCAAAGGUGGCUUAUGAUGGGCACCUAACAUUAUUUACCAUCAAACUAUACCAUAGAGGUGAGUUCACCAAGUUUCUUGAUGUUCAAUACAUUGACGGGAGUGUGAACUAUGUUGACAUGGUGAAUAUAGAGACGUUUUCAGUUCAUGAGUUGGAUAUUAUCAUGAAAGGGUCCAGGUACGGUGUUCCUCCUGUGAUUUACUAUCACUUCCUUGUGCCUGGUGGAGACUUCCACUUUAGUCUUAAACCCUUAGGCAAUGAUGAUGAUUUACGAACUUUUUCCCAAUAUGUGCGUGAUCACAAAAUCAUGAGGGUAUAUACUGAACAUGGUGAGACAAAGUUACUUACCUACUUUAUGAAUCCUAAACCUGUUAGGAAGGUAAAUAUUGUACAAAUGGAUGAAAUAGAUGAAAAUGAUGAUAAUAAAAACCCCACAGCUGAGGUAUAA